CUGUGUUCUCCUGUCUUGUGCUCCAGCCCCUUCCCCAGGGAGGAGAUGAUCAGCUUCCUGCUGCUUGUUGUCCUGACAGCCUCUGUCUGUGCAGGACAAUUACAGGUGAAUGUGAGCCAGGCUGUCUAUCAGGCAGAGGAGAACAGUAACAUCACCAUGGAGUGGACCGUCACUCCCAUCAUGCCCCUCACCGACCUCAGCAUCUGGUUUUCAUCAAGGGGAUCUGAAUAUGAGCCCUUGACGACUGUAUAUCUUUUGCGAAACGGUGUUGAUUACCCAGAAGCUCAAGAUGAGCAGUUCACAGGACGAGUUCAGGUGGACAAAGACGAGCUGAGAAAAGGAAACAUCAGACUUCAUCUGUCCAGCCUGAGGACCAACGACUCGGGCAGCUAUGAGUGUGUAGUGUCCACCAAUGAUGAAUUUAGCGUCGCCAGAUCUUCUCUCAACGUCACUGCGGCGACACCCCAACCAGAGGAGCCAGAGCCCACAGAAGGUGGAAGGAUUGUUCUCAUCGGAGCAGCACCAGCAGCUCUAGCAGUUCUCAUAGCUGUAGCAGCAUUAGUUUGUCGAGCCUGUUGGCUUGGAAGUCCAGACCAGCAGGAAACUGACACCACUGAGAGGUCUGUCCAGCAGAGUGGCGAAGAAACUACCUCUGAUCUCCAGUCUGCUGGGAGCUGUAGGCCUUCUCACACCUUAAUCUCUUAGCCCUGUGCUCCAGUAAGCCCAGGGGUUAAGGUCAGCCUUCAGUCACACCUGUACUGUAUUAACCCAGGCCUAACACUUAGCCCCGGGAAAAAGAUUCAACCUCAGGCUCAAAGCUCAGGGUUAAUGUUUCCUGAACACUUGUAGCACAGUUUUGAUUGAACAACAAACUUUCUGGUGCUGCUUUGUUAUAACAUCGAUUCACACUGCACACCUUAACCCUGACUUUUGAGGGAUAACCCCCUGCUCUGGAGUGGGGGUUAGGGUUAGGGUUAGGGGUUAGGGUUUGAUUAGGUCUAGGCUCAGGGUGGGGAUUGUCUGAAUGUGACCAAAAGGUGAUUGUUCCCUAUCUUCUGGGACAUUACCGUCAGCCAAAUCAGUAUCAGCUGGUUGCCAAGUGUUUUCUCCAGGUUUACCGUUUUUGGGAACCCAAUGGUAAUGGCAUUCCCUGAACCAGAGGCACAUGGAAAAAGAAAAGCUAGUGCUUGUCGGAUCCCGUCCUUAACAAUGUUUAGCUAUCGCCACAAGGAGACUCCAGUUCCUUGCAGUGUUUAAUGUCACCACCAGGAGCCUCCACUCACUUAUGUCUGAAAAAGUCAUUCAGCCAGUCAGUAAGUGGCACACCAGUUUAAGGGGGCCCAAUAAACAUGGCUCCACACAGCAGGGAGAUGGCAUGACAAGACUAGUGGUCAACCGACUAAUCAGGCCAAUAUCUGGCAUUUUGAGACAAUCAUCAUCGGCUGAUGCCUGCACUCACAAGGCCAAUAUGUUUUUUAAAUAGAGUGCAGAUCCACUUAAGCAAACACACAAUGCAAACAUUUUAUUUUCAAAUAUGUUUUAUGUGUUUAAAUGAAUAAUACAUAAAAAUACAGUAGUAAUAAUACAUUAGUAUCACUCAAAUAAGUGUCCAUUGACACCAAAAACAAAGGAAUGCUGCUGGGUGCUGCUGAGUGCAAUGACAGGUUUUAUUUAUUUUAGUAUGUUUAUGUUAAGUUUACCAGUUUUUUGUUUUCUCUCUGAAAAUGAGAUGCUACAGAUAACUGCUGUGCACUAAAACUUUUUCUUAGUUUUCAUUCCCAAUUUGUUGAUUUUGUUGAUUUUUGUCUUAGUCUCCAUUAGGAGAGGGGGCCUCGAAACUGCUAUGUCACGUAUUACUUGCUGUUUAUGACUCUUUUCAAAAUUAACAUAACGCAGUCCACCAGUGGUGACAACCUCUGUGAAAACUGCAUAAUCGUUAAGCAGUUUGCAAAAAUAUCACAAUGCCUAAAGCUCCAAAAACUCGGGAUGGUUUGAUAUUAAGGACAUUCAAGUUUUGCACAGAAAUUACCACAUCAGCUGAAAAGAACAACAAAACUCUUUUCACCAGCAAAAUAAGAUGUUUUAGCCUACUUCUUGUAAGUCAUAUUGUAAAACUGCAAAAAUUAAACAUGAUGUGACAUUAAAAGGCCAUCGAGAUUACCAUGCACUUUAAUACCAAGUAAGACAAACUACAAACACAUCGAAUUAUCUUAGACUCUGGCAGUAAAUAUACAGUAAAUAUCCAAAACAUCAACACUGCAAGUUGGCAAUGCUCAGUAUUAGAUCAGAUGGAUGUUAUUUUUGUAAUUCAAGGAAAAUACCUUUGGCGACUUAUAACAAACACAACUUUGACUGACAUCGCCUUUGUCAUCCACCCUCCUCAACUUUUCUUUGCCCGUUAGCCUUUUAAAAAUCACAAAAAAAUGUUUGGAGCAAGGUUUAAAUGCCUUUUUGUUGCCAGUGUGUGUUAAUCUCAAGCCAACUCUGCAGGGUUUUCUGGUGUGGCCAGAAAAAGUCAUAAACUUCCAUUUCCGUUGACUCGUUCUCAACACGGUACACAAACACUGAUGCUCUUUGUAGGUGUUGUAGGUGUUAUAGGUCCAGACAACAUUUCUGCCAAAGCAUUCCACCUCUGGCCCUCCCUGCACAGGAUGUAUAGAUGUGUGCACACUGGCAAAACAUUGGCAAGUCCUUCUGGUGACAGCUACAAUUAUUAGGGAGCAGGUCCCGCAAGAACCGCCCCGGCUAAUCCAGUUAUUUCGUUUUUGCAUGUUUGUCUGUCUGCUUUGUUUUCUUUUGUGUUUCUUUGAUAGCUUAGACUGUAGUUUAGUGCGUUUUUGCUCAUCGUAUUAGCAUAGCGUAGCAUAGUAUAGGCCUGUGCAUACAAAAAUGGGUCGAUGAUAGUUAUGCUUGAGAGCAGCUACACCACAGGAUUCUCUUAUCGUCCAUCCAUGAAUUAUUCUACACUACUAUAAAAACACAAACAUUACUUUUAAAAUCCAAGAAAGAACAAUUUGAGAAUAUGUCGUACCACUUAAACAAUGUGUCCUACAGCAAGUCCAAACAGAUCUGUCUUAUCAUGGUCUUAUGCUGAUGUGACCGACGUGCUCACUUGUUUCUUCAGGCACGGUAGGCAGAAUUUGCACGGAAAUGUGAGUUUUUCUUUCUCCAUUUGAAUCUGUACUGAUUUUUUUUUCCCUAAAACUGAAAUAUUUGUAGGGACUGACUUCAGAUGUGCCGGCAGCUACAUUGCCUGAGUUUGCACAAGCCAUGCUGCAUGCCAGUUUUGGUAAAUCCUUGACCUCAGGUGCAAUGAAACCGUUUUAGUAACAGUACAAAUCAGUAUUUGCUAACGGAUACGUUCAGUUUACCGUCCUCCAAAGACAUGAGCCCUCAUUUAGCGCAGUUGUUAUGGACAGUUUCGACACAGUUUGUUACUAUGGGUUGUCAUAAUUGGGGGAGGGAAUGUCUUAUUGAAUGAAGAGAGCAGUAGAGAAAAUCAGACCUGGAUCAACUGCAGGAAAGGAGACCAGGGAUUAUGGAAUGGGAUUUUAAUUGAAUAAUGGAUAACAUUAAUAUGGGAUCCUUGGACAGACAAAGCAAAAUGUACACAGUGAGAUUUUUGAUAAAAGUCAUCAGUAAUGUGGAUAUGAUGGCGAAGUUGGAAGAGACAAAAAUCAGCUUUUAAAACCAGGAAAAGGUGGUGUAUAUGCCAUAUCACAAUAAUAUCCAAAAUCCCAGACGAUAUCUAGACAAACCAAUAUAAUAACGAUCUACAGCCCAGCCCUAAACAUUAUAUAGUAUAACAAUACUUAGUCUGUAAGUGAGAAUGGUGAGGGUUUAAAGAGAGUAAGGGAAAAGAGAAGUUUUGGUAAAAUGAAGCUGUCCGCCUCCUUAACACGAAACAUAGGACUGCCGGCCUGUCUGAAGGUUGAAGUAAUUGGUCAUGAAUGUUUUUGAAUAUUUUCUCAACAGCCUCAAAUCUUUUAGGUUUAGCCUGACGGCUUGCUAAACCUGAAGAGGCUGUCGUGGAUUCAGUAUUUAAGCUAAUGUGAAACCACCGCUCCAAAGUUAGGCUAAAUUUUGGUGUGGGGGAAAGCUGGCAUGGUCAUUUGACCUGUGCAUAUAGCUGCUAUGAAUGGGGAGCUGCUCUGAAUCAUCCCCAGUGGAGCAUGCCCUGGGACCCCCCUGGGUUUACAACAUCUGGCUCUGCCCCAGAUGUACUUGAAACAAUUAAAUAAUUUGAUAAUGCUGCUAAUACGACAGUGCUGCUAAUGCUGAUACGAUUUUCUUAUAUAUCUUUUUUAUAGUAUUUUAGCCUCUUUUGAUGGACACGUGUGCUUAUUUUUGGUUUUUUUAUGUCUUUUUUUCUGUCUUUUAUGUUUUUUUUAUGUCAUUUAUAUGUGAUGCACAUUGCACUGCUUUUGUACUACAUU